AAACCCGUAACCGGCACCAUCCCACCCCUCACCCACGCAGAAUGGGAAACGGAAUUCGCGAAAUACAAGAAUUCGCCCGAGUAUAAGGUGUUGCGGAGUGAGGAUAUGACGCUUGCGGAGUUUCAGUAUAUUUUUGGGUUUGAGUGGGCGCAUAGGGUUUGGGGAAGGGCGAUUGGGUUGGUGUUUGUUGUGCCAACUUUGUAUUUGAUUGCCCGGAGACGGGUUACGCCGAGGAUUGCCAAACGGCUUCUUGGGAUUGGUGCGCUUAUUGGAUUCCAGGGUUUCAUUGGAUGGUGGAUGGUUGCGUCAGGUCUCAAGGACGAACUCCUCGAAGAAGGAAAACACCCCCGCGUCUCGCAAUACCGUCUCGCCACUCACCUCGGAACCGCAUUCCUAGUUUACGUCGCCAUGCUCAACACUGGUCUCGAAAUCCUCAAGAGUCACGCCAAGAGCCUCCCUUCCAACGAACUUCUCUCCAAGCCCGAGUUGAGGCCGUUUAGGAGGUACACUCAUUUCCUCAUGGCCCUCGUCUUCCUCACCGCUCUCUCCGGCGCUUUCGUAGCAGGCCUAGACGCCGGAAUGAUCUACAACGAAUUCCCAACCAUGGGCGGACCCGGCCGUCUCGCGCCCCCCCUCUCCGACCUCUUCUCCUCAGACUACGCAACAUCCCCCGACCACUCCGACCUCUACUGGCGCAACUUCCUCGAGAACCCAGUCCUCGUCCAACUCGAUCACCGUAUCCUGGCGACCACCACAUUCUUCGCCACCUUAGCGCUCUGGAUCUACAGCAAACGUCUCCCGCUCCUCCCCCUGCCCGCUAAACGCGCAGCGGACGCGUGUAUGGCACUCGUUACGAUGCAAGUCGCACUGGGGAUUAGUACGUUAUUGAUGUGUGUACCCAUCCCUCUCGCCGCCGCGCACCAGGCUGGGAGUUUGGCGUUGUUGACCGGGACGUUGGUGUUGGGGAGUAGAGUUCAGCCGGUGCGACGGGCGAUUGCGAGCCAGAACAAGGCGAUGAAGGCUGCCGGGGUGGUUGGGUUGGCGGGGAUGUAUGUUCCGGGGAGGAGGAUUGAGGGUCUGUGAGACGGGCAAAGAGAGUAGAACUCCGCUUAAUUCCAAAACAACACGAUCCAAUUGGGUGUACAUGUCGUUGCCGUCGUUCUUUGUUGGGUGGGGUAACCGGAUCGCACUCCCGCGAAAGAUCCUUAGUCAGCCGCGCGCGUUCUGGGUGACUUCACGACCGGCCGCCGUCUCGCCGAGAGAUUCGCUUUGCAUGUUCCCCCGCUCAACCUCCUCCAUCUCGAUUCCAAUUCUCAGUUCACUUAUCAAGCGUCCGAGACCCUUUGCUACUUCUCCAACCAUGGACCACCCAACACUCUUGGACAAGAAGUUCGGUCCAGAGACGAUAAACUACUACGCCGGCUCCCCCCUAAACCGCUUCUCAUUCCUCCGCACCUCCCACACCUUCCU